UACGAGAGUGGGAUUAAACGAAGCAAAAAUGGAGCAAUUAAAAUAAAAGAACAUAGAUUUUACAUUUGGCAAUGUAUUUACGUCCAUGGAGCCGCUGCAGUAUUCUUACUAUGAGAAAAAAAAAAAUCUGCAAUUCAUCAUUUUAGCAUUUCCUGUAUAUAGCAGAAUACAAUAAUGAGUGUUGCCCCCGCACCUUAACUAUCCCAACUGUCUAUUGAUGGUACAACGAUGUGGUUCUGCUCCACACCGCUUCACCCGCCUCUCUGCGCAUAAUAUCCUUCCAUUUGUUUUUAAAUAUCCAAUAAUAAUCUUAAUAUGAGACACUCUAAUUCAACAUGUUCAAACAUUAAUCUAUGGCAUUCUUUAAUUCUUUCUUUCAAAUUAUAAUCCUUUUCCAGUCUCUUGGAUUCCUUAAUAUCCGCAAAUAAAAGUGGCUAAUUCCUCUUAAAUUGUUACAGAAUUAAAGUGGUCCCCCAUUUUCUAGAUUUUAUAAGUAGCCUACCACCCACCCCUCCAUAUGCACACACAAGACACAGACAGGAUGAGCGGAGAAGGCAAGGUGGUAUGUGUAACAGGGGGGUCAGGUUACAUAGCUUCAUGGCUAGUUAAUUUCUUGCUGCAAAAGGGUUAUACAGUCAGAGCCACCGUUCGCGACCCAAGUGAUCCAAAGAAAACAGAUCACUUGCUUGCUCUUGAUGGAGCUAAGGAAAGACUUCAUUUAUUCAAAGCUGAUUUACUGGAAGAAGGGUCUUUUGAUUCUGCAAUUGAUGGGUGUGAAGGUGUUUUCCAUGCAGCAUCCCCUGUAUUAAUUUCAGCAACUGAUCCACAGGCAGAACUAAUUGAUCCUGCAGUGAAAGGAACACUUAACGUACUUAAAUCAUGUACAAAAGUUCAGUCUAUCAAGAGAGUGGUUAUAACAUCUUCUAUUGCAACAGUUAUGUUUGACAGAAAACCUCAGACCCCUGAUGUGGUGGUAGAUGAGACUUGGCAUUCGGAUCCAGCAGUUUGUAAGGAAAUGAAGCUUUCGUAUAUGCUUGCAAAAACCUUGGCGGAAAAGGCUGCUUGGAAUUUUGCAAAAGAGAAUGCAAUUGACUUGGUUACAAUACAUCCAGCAUAUGUGAUUGGCCCUCUCUUACAGCCAACUCUUAAUGCCAGUGUGGCGAUGAUUUUUAAUCUUGUAAAUGGUAGCAUUCAGCAACCGUUUAAUUAUAUAAGAAUUAUAAAUGGAGCUCAGACAUAUCCCAACGAAUAUUACGGGUCAACUGAUGUUAGGGACGUUGCAGAAGCUCAUAUUCAAGCUUUUGAGAUUCCUUCAGCUUAUGGCAGAUAUUGUUUAGUUGCAAAUGUGUCGCACUAUUCUGAACUUGUGAAGAUUGUCCAUGAACAUUUUCCCUCCUUGCAACUUCCUGCAAAAUGUGAUGAUAAACCUCAAUUCAUGCCACAUGUCAAGGUAUCCAAAGAGAAAGCAAAAACUUUGGGUAUCAACUUCAUUCCUCUGGAAGCUACUCUCAAGGACACUAUUGAGAGCCUGAAGGAGAAGGGCUUCCUCAGCAUCUAAUUAGAUCGUAUGUGAUAGUGAGGUGAUGCAAAAACGAGCCAGAAAAUUUAGAACGAACAUUGUGCUUUUCCCUAAAAACCUUCAGGGUUCAAAUACUUGUAUAUAUCGUUUUGAAUUUCUCCAAUUGUUAUUGAAGAUUGUAUGUGAAAGACAUGCUCACUUGCUCACCAUCUUCCUGAAUAGUAAAUUAAUGUCGUCACAGAAGAUUGUGGUCAAUCCUUGUACGCAUGGGUUGUGCUUAGCUGCAUGUAUCUGGGAUUUAUUACAUUACCAUGUGGAUGAUCACAAUUGUAGGAAAUGUUUUGUAUGAUUUUCUUGCAUAGCAGAUGUCAAGAUGACAAGCUUUAUGCAGAUAAAAUCAAAUAAAUUCCCUCUGCAAUUUCUGCCUCGAUC